AUGUCUUCAACUUUCAGCGGUGACGAGACUGCUCCUUUUUUUGGCUUCCUCGGAGCCGCUGCUGCCCUCGUCUUCUCUUGCAUGGGUGCUGCAUAUGGGACAGCAAAAAGUGGUGUGGGUGUGGCUUCAAUGGGAGUAAUGAGACCUGAACUCGUAAUGAAGUCGAUUGUUCCAGUUGUCAUGGCUGGAGUGUUGGGAAUUUACGGGUUGAUUAUAGCCGUUAUUAUCAGUACUGGAAUCAAUCCAAAGGCUAAAUCUUAUUAUCUUUUCGAUGGCUAUGCACAUUUGUCUUCUGGUCUUGCUUGUGGGCUUGCUGGUUUAUCUGCUGGAAUGGCUAUUGGCAUUGUCGGUGAUGCUGGUGUCCGGGCUAAUGCACAGCAACCAAAGCUGUUCGUGGGCAUGAUUCUCAUUCUCAUCUUUGCUGAAGCACUUGCUCUCUAUGGUCUUAUUGUGGGGAUUAUUCUAUCUUCCCGAGCAGGCCAGUCCCGUGCAGAGUGA